GUCCCUCUCUCUGAAGACAUUCACUAGAGUCUUUGUGACACUUCUUCUCACUAGCAAAUUCACUCUCUGGCUCAUCUAAGGGAAUCUAAUGGAUCUAAGAGGGUACUUCAACAGGAUCGGGUUUACUGGUCCAUAUGACAAACCUGACCUGGACACUUUACGCACCGUCCAUAAGCUGCAUGUUAUGACCAUUCCAUUUGAGAACCUCAGCAUCCACUGCGGGGAGAAAAACACAACGGACCUGAACAUCAUCUAUGAUAAAUUAGUCAAGAGCAAUCGGGGAGGCUGGUGUUGUGAAAACAACCUCUUGUUCUCAUGGGUCCUAAAGGAGAUGGGUUACAAAUACACCACACUAGGCUCCAAGGUGUUUAAUAAGUUCCAAAAUAAUUUCUACCCUGUGGACUCUCAUCUGAUCAAUAUGGUGGAGAUUGAUGGGAAGCCUUACAUUACCGAUGUGAGCUAUGGAGUGUCAUGCCAACUCUGGUAUCCCUUAGAGAUGAUCUCGGGUAAAGAUCAGCCGCAGCCUCCAGGCGUGUUCUGCCUGCUAAAUGAGGGAAUGACGUGGGUUCUGGAGAAGACUUCAAGAAAGCAAGUGGUCAAAGAUAAGGCUAAUGCUAAUUCUAGCCUCAUUGACAAGCGCCUGGUGAAGAAAAUGUAUUGCUUCCCAUUAACACCCCGUAAUAAAGAGCAUUUUGUGGAGACCCUGGAUUGCUUGCAGACCAGUCCUGAUUCUCGGUUUGUGCUGAAGUCCAUUUGCUCCCUUCAGACCCCCAACGGCUUCAGAGCUCUGAUUGGCUGGACUUACAGCGAGAUCAUAUACAACCCAGAGGAGGACUCUGACAUGGUGGACAUGAAAGAAAUCCCUGAUUGUGAAAUAGAGGCUGUGCUGAAGGAAAAGUUUAAUGUGGUGUUAGUCAACAAGUUCACACCGAAAAACAAAAAAGCUAAUUAUUGCAUGUAAUAAAGUAUAAUACAGAGAAAACACAUACUUCCUUAAAUGGCUUUUCUUUUUCUUUUUUUGGAAGUGACUGGUCUAGCCAAUAAAAUCGUUUCUGUGAAA